AUGUUCAAAAGUGCUGGCGGAGCCGCUUUCGGCAUGUCUACCUGUCAUGAGGUGGCGGUCGCUCGCCAAUGCGGUAUCAAAGUGAUCGCGUUCUCUCUGAUCACGAACAUAUGUAACACCGAUGCUGAUACCUCUGUAGACGUAACGCAUGCCGAAGUCCUUCAAACAGCUGAGGAAGCUAGAGAUCGUACCUGUAAGUUUGUGAAGGAACUCGUCAGGCGUCUCCCAUCUCUCUAGCU